AAGGUGUCGACAGCGUUCCACCGGGAUGCUGGCCUGUGUUGACUCCAUCUACUGGCAACUACUACCAUACAUUUUCUGUCUUGACCAUUCACCCUCUGAAUGGCACACAUACACAAUCCAUGUCUCAAUUGUCUCAAGGCUUAAAAAUCAUUCUUUAACCUGUCUCCUCCCCUUCAUCUACACUGAUUUGAAGUGGAAUUAACAAGUGACAAUCAAUCAUAGCUUUCACCUGGAUUCACCUGGUAAGUUAAUGUCAUGGAAAGAGCAGGUGUUCUUAAUGUUUUGUACACUCAGUGUAGGCGUUUUAGCCUUCCUUUGGCUUAGGUGACAAAAUGAACAUUUACAAAAAGGCUUAUUCUCAGGAGUACUGUUUUGUUCAGCUUACAAAAAACAUGUAAAAAAAACCCAUUGAUGAUGAAUGGUAUAGCAAGUCCUCUUUGCCCGGUGGAUCACAUGGUCAGCUCGGAUGUCUGUUGUGACAUAUACCAGAGGGAAGGGUCAGGUUGUAGUGUAGAUGUCUAUGGUGACGUUGACAAUAACAAAGUUCCUUGCUGCAGGCAAGAAAUUAUGGGGUGUAAUUAUGGUUUGGUUCGAUGUAAUCAAACUCUGAAACUGUCACAUCAUACGGAUAGGGAAAAAGAGCUGUGGAAAAAUAGGUCAGUGGAGAAUCUAAUUACAAUGAAAAGACUUUCAGGCACAGUGGAGCAGAGCAUUAGUUCUGGUCUGAUUACAGGAGCAGGACAAGCCACAGUGACCUGAGGUAGCUGUGCUUUUUAAGGUAUUUUUGUGCAACCUGGUCUGAGAGCAUUUCGUAUUAUUCUGUAUGUAAAUCCGAGACACUCCAUUUAGUAUGAAAUGUUAAGUUUCGUAUGGUAUGUAUUCAUUUGUGGAUGUCCAUCACUCAUUCGUAGGAUAUGUUACGAAUUACAUUUUUGUAUUAUAUUUUACAAAUUUGCGAAACGUACAAUAUGUUACAAAUUUGCAAAACAUACAAUAUGUUACGAAUUUGCAAAACGCAUGAUAUGUUACAUAUUCUAGCAAGGUGGCUAACUUUAGCUAGGCUAGGGGUUAGGGUUAAAGUUAGGGUUACGUUUAGGAGUUAGGUUAGGGUUAGGGGAAGGGUUAGCUAACAUACUAACUAGUUGCAAAGUAGCUAAACAGUAGUAAGUAGUUGAAAAUUAGCUAAAAUUUACCAUGAUGACAUUUGAACUCGCAGCCAUUGGGUUGCUAGAUGUUCACGUUAUACUUUUGUUUUUACCUUAAGUAACCAUCUGUCUUAUGUAUCCAUACCAAACGUAACAUAUCAUACUAAUUUGAGUGUCCCGGAUUACAUUUACUGUAAACCUGAAAGUGCUAGUAGCAUUGUUAAUAGGUUAUUUACAAAGCCUAGGAAACAUGCAAUCUGUGAGGGUAGGGGUAGGUGAUAUGACCAAAAUAUCAUAUCACAGUAUUAUUAUAUAUAUUUUUUACAAUAUGGCGGUAUUUGAUAGUAUUUUAUUGUUCUGAAUAAUAAAGGUUGAAAAUAGGUUUUAUAAGUAGUGGAUGACCCUAGGAUGGCAAAAAAAUAUAUUUUAAUUGGUUUAAAUGGACUUUCUCAUCUAUCGAGGCAAAUUGACGAGGAUUACAAUGUUUUGUCAUUUGAGGACGUUGCGUGGGAAACUACCAGGAGCGCUAAGUGAUGGAUCUGGGUCACUGCUGGAAAGAAACUGAGUGAGAUGUUUUGAGGAUAACCGGCCUUGUGAAUAUUUGUGAUGAUCUAAUGGCAGACCAAAGAAUGGACAUUUCCUCCACGAUGAACGAGUUCAUGUCUCCCGGCUCCACUGAUCUAAUCAGCUCGAUCGGCACACCCGGCAUGGACUACACACGCAAGAGAAAAAGCAGCACCACAGACUACCAAAUUGAUGGAUUUUCUUUUGAGGAUAGCAUGGACACAGACAAUGAUAGACUUGGUGAUCAUCAAGGCCGGAUUAAAAAUGCCAGGGAGGCCCACAGUCAGAUUGAGAAGAGACGCAGGGACAAGAUGAACAGCUUCAUAGACGAGCUGGCCGCACUAGUGCCUACAUGCAACGCUAUGUCCCGGAAACUGGACAAACUAACAGUCCUGCGCAUGGCUGUCCAGCACAUGAAGACCUUAAGAGGUGCCGCUAACCCCUACACUGAAGCUAACUACAAACCAGCCUUCCUGUCAGACGACGAACUGAAGCACUUAAUACUGAGGGCAUCUGAUGGCUUUCUGUUUGUUGUUGGCUGUGAUCGAGGGAAGAUACUGUUUGUUUCGGAGUCAGUCUACAAAAUCCUAAACUACAGCCAAAAUGACCUGAUUGGCCAGAGCCUGUUUGAUUACCUGCAUCCUAAAGACAUUGCCAAAGUCAAGGAGCAGCUGUCCUCGUCGGACACUGCGCCACGGGAGCGCCUCAUCGAUUCUAAAACUGGCCUUCCAGUAAAGACAGACAUCACCCCCGGCCCAUCCAGACUUUGCUCUGGAGCCAGGCGAUCCUUCUUCUGCAGGAUGAAGUGCAAUCGGCCCCUCAUUAAAAUGGAGGACAAGGACUUUCCUUCCACCUGCUCCAAGAAGAAAGCUGACCGUAAGAGCUUCUGCACAAUACACAGUACUGGCUACCUGAAGAGCUGGCCACCCACCAAGAUGGGUCUAGAUGAUGACAAUGAACCGGACAACGAGGGCUGCAACCUCAGUUGCCUGGUGGCCAUUGGACAGCUGCAUCCCCACAUUGUCCCUCAGCCAAUGAACAAUGAGAUCCGUGUCAAACCCACUGAGUAUGUCUCACGCCAUGCCAUCGAUGGGAAGUUUGUCUUUGUUGAUCAGAGGGCCACUGCCAUUUUGGCUUAUCUACCCCAAGAGUUGCUGGGUACAUCGUUUUAUGAAUACUUUCAUCAAGAUGACAUAGGACACCUUGCGGAAUGUCAUAGACAAGUGCUCCAGAUGAGGGAGAAGAUCAAUACAAACUGCUACAAGUUCAAAAUAAAAGACGGCUCCUUUAUCACACUGAGAAGUCGCUGGUUCAGUUUUAUGAACCCUUGGACCAAAGAGGUGGAGUACAUUGUCUCCACCAACACUGUUGUCUGUGUGCCUGAAGGAUCUGAUGGCAUCUAUCCUCAGCUCGCCGCCUCCCCCCAGAGCAUGGAUAGUGUACUCACAGACGGAACUGGCAAGCGGGCCCUUCAGACCGUGCCUGGCAUCCCCGGCGGCACAAGGGCAGGGGCGGGAAAGAUCGGCCGGAUAAUCGCAGAAGGGGUGAUGGAGAUCCAGAGGAUAAGAGGCUCCUCGCCCUCCAGCUCUGGCUCCAGUCCUCAUAACUUCACCAGCACUCCACCCCCAGACAUGUCGUCCCCAGGGGGAAAGAAGAUACAGAACAGUGGAACUCCAGAACAUCCCUCAGCAGGGCUGAUACCGGGACCAGACUCCGUAGGCUAUCCAUACUCCAACAACUCCAAUCUAAGCGAUAACUCUCACAUUGGCAUUGACAUCAUGGAUGAGCCAGGCUCCAGCAGCCCGAGUAAUGACGAGGCAGCCAUGGCUGUGAUCAUGAGCCUUCUGGAGGCAGACGCAGGGUUGGGAGGCCCAGUGGACUUCAGUGACCUGCCCUGGCCACUGUGAGGACUGUCAGGCUUAGGCAAGGCCACCUAAAUGGGCUGAACAUGGUGAAGUAAGGGCUGAGUGUUACAGUAUUCACAUUGUGUCCGUUUGUGACCAGUACCAGAGAGCCAUAUCAACAGGGCUAAUGCAGCUGUAGCCUCACAGUAAGGCUGAAUGCAGGCGGGCCCUGAAAAGGAAGGAAUACUAGGCCUGGGAUCAGCCAUGAUGUACAGUCCACCUCAGUGCGGUUUGGGAAAAGUGAAACUGCCUCAUUACCCCUGUAGUAUUAUUGUACCAGUUAUCCGGGUUUUUCUAUGUCCAUUCAUCCUCACAGGCAUUGAACCCAGUUCUUUUAUAAUGGCAUUGGGUUUUUUGUAGUGUUUUUACACUACAAAAAACAUGUCAAUAUUUCUUAAGAAAAUUGUAUCAUACAUGUUUAUUCUAAUUUUCUCAAAAUAUGUAUAUGUAAAAGUGUAUUGUAUCAGUAGUGAAUUAUUUUUAAAAGAAAACUUCCUCUAUUGCUUAUUUACAUUUUCGAAAAUACAAAACAGGGCGGUCUGUAUCAAGUUACCAUCCAGUGGCAUACAGUAUCACUGCUAAAUCAGCUGUAGGGAUUUUACAUUGUUGCUACAAUGCGGAAAUCCAAGGUACUUUGCUACAAUAUGUUGAGUGUGGGAAUAGUGAGUAAUCCGUUUGCUUGCCAACAAUAGAUGAAAUGUGACAAAAAUCAAAGACUAGUUCCUGUGCCAGAGUUGAUAGGAGACUGGUUGGUAUUGUCCACACUACUUGUGAUGUUUGCAUAUUAUGGGGGCACACCAUUUCUCAUCACCCACUCACCUUCCUGGACCACCUCACUGCCAGUGGCGUCCACCCACACACAGGAUGUGCUUUACUACUGACCCCCGGGAAAUAUUGUUGUUCCCUAGCAACAGGUAGACUAUCCAAAUGACCCAUAAAAGGAAGACGUUCCUCCUGAUCUGAAAUCAGGUCAACUCAAACCACAAUUGCUGGCUAGGUAUUCCACAUGUAUUAGGCUACUUUCAGUUUGAAAGUGUAGGUGCUCUAUGUAGAGGAAUAAGAAGGUGAAAGUAACCUCUUUCAACUCAAGUGCUAUUAAUGGAAAAUAAGCACAAUGAUAGGAAUAAAAACACUAUACAUUGUAGUGAUUUUAAUGUCUUUAUGUCAUGCUGAAUAUCCAGGGAGCACAGAAUCUCAUUACCAAUCCUAUGAUGUCAACCAACCAUUACAUGAUUCAAAGUAUAUCUGAGGGGAAUUCAACAGUAAUUUCCACUGAAUGGUGAUGAAAUCAGAGGCUUAUCUCCAUGGCCAGGCAUCACGCUUUGCACCUGUUCCCCAAACAGUUACAGUAUUCACUAGUCUUGCCAUCCAGGAAGUAUGCCUAGAACUGCACGUGAAAUAAAACUCAGGGGGAGAACACAGUAACACGUCACAGUGCACAGCCCGAUAACCAUUGUAAAUAAUAUAUUAAUAAUAAUAACUACAAAAUAAUUGGGUUUGCUAAAUUUAUUUCAAACAAUUAACAGAAGAAAAAAAAAUUCCUUUGGUCAAGUAUUUUUUUUUUAAAGAAAUAAGAGAAAUAUGCCCUUUUGCCAGUCUAGUCCCUUAUAGGGUUUUUACAGUCGACCAGGUCCUUGAGGCUCUAAGGCUGUGGAGGAGGUGCCAAGGCAAUAUGGUUAUGAUCCCCCUCUAUAUUGAUCCCCCUCUCGCUCCAUGCUGCAGUACGCUGGGGAGGGAGGGGGCAGUCCUCAGACUGCGGGAGAGGGGGCGUCUGGGUCACCAGCAUCGUUGUUGUAGCUGUACUGGGGUUCGCUGGGGGGCUGGUUGGGGAGGAUGUCCAGCUCGUCCACCUGAGGGCCAGGGUGCAUGUUGACCAGCUGGUCCUGGGGGAUAUCUGCAGCAGCUGCAGCCAGGUUAGUGAUGGACUUGCUUUUGACACACUGGAAGUCAACAUGGCGGCUCUUGCCCUCCUCCUUCUCCCAGGACAUGCGGAUGAAGGGCCUCUGUACGUAGUUGUAGAUGACCUCAGGACGGCCACCAGGACGCUUCUUCACCUUCUCUUUAUACGUGGGGUAACCUACCAAUACAUGGUGCAGACAACAGAGCCAGUGAGUUCACAAUGCUGAAUCAAAAUCUUAAAUUUUUGCUCUGAACCCCAGCAAAUACAUGAUAAAACCAUCAUCUUACCUUCAAUGCCUAAUCUUAUUUUCUUCAGUCCUCUCUCCUUUAAAACUGAUUUGGCAACAUCUCGAUUUUCUAUAUAUUUGAAGAACCGGUAUAGUUUUGUGCUGUAUAUUACUGCAGAGAGAAAAUAAAAUGUUAUGAAACAGCAACUCAUUAUCAACAA